GCAAGUGUGCUCGCUCUUGCGGCCUUGGUGAACAAGGACAAGCUGACGCUCUUCGAUUUGGUUUCUAAGAUGGACAUGUAUUUGACUACCACAGACCACAUUGUUAGAUCAAGAGGAAUCAUGCUUCUGGGGGAAAUCAUGUCUCAGAUUUCCUUAAAAUGGUUAGAUGUCAAUGCCAUCACAACAUUGUCAGACUUUUUUAUAUCAAGACUGUCAGAUUGGCAAGCAUUACGGGGAGCACUUGUUGGAUGCUUGGCUUUAUUGCAAAGAGAACCAUCUGUUGGUACUAUUAUGAUUGCUGAUGUCAAAAGACUAGUCGAGUCUUUGAUAGACUAUAUUCCAGUACAGUCACUUGCAGCUGCUGACCGCAAGCUGUGCUUUCAAAUUAUUUGCUGUGUACUUGAUCACUACCCAGAAGCUGUCAAGACAAUGGAUGAUGAACUGCUAAUGUGGAUCUGUCAAUCAAUUGAUGAAGAAAAAGACCCAGAAUGCUUGAAGCUUUCCUUUCAUUUGGUUGAAGUUGUCAUGAAGCUUUUUUCAGACCCAUCUGGUUUGGCAUCCCAAUUUGCAAGUGAUCUCUUUGAGCUUCUGAGCAAAUAUUUUCCUGUCUACUUCACACACGGAGCGGGCGAUAAUGUAGGUCUCACGAGGGAUGAACUUUCCAGGGCAUUGAUGCAUGCCUUCUGCACAAGUCCUUAUUUUGAGCCCUUUGCCAUUCCAUUGCUUCUCGAUAAACUUUCUUCCUCUCUUCCAUUAGCAAAGCUUGAUUCCUUAAAAUAUCUGGACAAUUGCAUUCGCUGCUAUGGAGCUGAUAGAAUGGUUUCACACACAUCAGCUAUCUGGUUUAAGUUGAAAGAAGUGAUUUUUAGCCUUUCUUCAGAUCAACUCUUAUCGACAGGGUCACCUAAAGAUGCAGAGAAGAUUAAGAAUCAAAUAGUAUCAGAAGCUAAAAAUUGCUUGAAGACUGCUGUUACGUGUAUACAUUCUGCAGAUAGAGAUAUAUUCAUCAAUUUGAUCUUGUUGGAUGAGGAUAUUGUGAAUAACAUUCAUUCUGUAACAACCGAAGAAAAGUCUAUUUGUAGGUCAUCAAAUGACCUGAAUCAAUUACAAUCCCUUGGAAGUGUGAUUUCUAUCAUUGCUGAAUCAUCUACAUAUUUCUGCACUAGAGUUUUUCAAGCGCAUUUCACACGCUUGGUGGAUAUUUUGGGAAGCUCAGCCAGUUUUAAAUCUCAGCACUUAAACAUUUGCAAUGGAUCAUCUUCUGCGGCUAUUAAUUAUGGAGCUCUCUAUUUAUCUGUUCAAAUGCUUUCAUCCUGUCGAGAAGUGGCUGUGGCAUCUCGAGGAGACUUCCCUCCUGUUAAAUCAGCAAAUGAGUCCUGGUGGCUUAUCUUAGAGGAAAAACUGGAUCCGUUCAUCCAUCUUCUUGGAAAAUUAUUGUCAAUUGAUUCUCAGCCUAUCCAGUCAGCAGUCACACAAAAAUAUGUUUCAUGUGCUGUGAAGGGGUUACUGAUACUUGCAACAUUCCCAGAACACUGUUCACUUCUACUGGCAAAUGCUUAUGAGUAUAUUCUGCUGAUGCUCACCUCAGUAGUUGCAAGAAAGUAUGAAAAUAUACAUUUGUGGAGAUUGUCGUUGGAAACAUUGACUAGCAUUGGUAAAUUUACUGUAGAGUCCCGUGCUUCUAAAAAAGAAAUGAUUUACAACAGUAUUGUUGUUGACAAGAUUAUUCCUUUGGCUAAAUCUUGUGAUACGUCGAUGCCUCUGAACCUAAGACUUGAAGCAUGUUUUGAAAUUGGUACCACUGGUGUGAGCUAUAUGUUAAGGGUCGCUAGAUCACUUGAAGAAGCUGUCAUCACCAAUAUUUCUCAGGCCUGUAUCAUAUCUGGCUGUCUUCUUAUUCAAUAUAAUUUGCAUUUUAUAGGAACAAAGAUUCUAUGGAUCCUGCAGGUUAACGAGGGAAUGGAAUGUGCGGAAUAUGUAGCCCAUUUGAUCGAUUGUUACUCUAGUCAGCUCCUUCCAUGGUUAUUUACCUCUGGUGGUGUCAACGAACUUGCUUUGAGCUUUGCUAUGCGUCUCUGGGAUGAGAUUAGGAACGUGGCUACUUUAGACAGGAUUAGAUCGCAGGGUCUUCUUGACUCACUAAUGAUGGGAAUGAAGUUCUUAGUUGGAGUCUGCACAGAGGAACAACAGUCAUUGAUUGUUCAGAAAGCGUGCAGCAUAAUAUCAUCGAUGCUGUCACUCCCAGUGAAGUCAAUGAUGCACGAUCUUUCAUCUGUAGAGGAGUUAGUUCCUGCACACUCUAUUCAAGAUACAGCUCUUGUGUGUUUGCUUUCAUCAGUUAUAGUUGGUCUUCGUCCUCAAACACAUGUACCAGAUAUGAUCAUGAUGAUUAACCUUUUUUCGGUCUUUCUACUGAAUGGACAAAUACCAGCUGCUCACGCAUUAGCUUCUAUUUUCAAUAAAUAUCUACACAAUUCAGAGUUCUCAGAUGAGAAUAAGCUGGAUAAAAUGCUUGAUGUUAUUCUUGGGAGAUGUUUCUCAAUUGUAUUAGCCAGCAGCACUUUGAAGAUGUCUCAUUCUUCUGCUGCCACUUCAGAUGAUGCUAAUUGCUCAGGCAUGUCUGCAAGCAUAUGUUUGAGGAUUGAUAUCUUGUGUGGUUUGGCUUGGAUUGGGAAAGGGUUGCUUAUGAGAGGAGAUGAAAAGGUGAAGGACAUUUCGAUGUUUCUUCUUAAGUGCCUGGUCUUGAAUCAGAUUUCGGUGGGCAUUCCACCCCACCAGGAAGAACACAGUGACAAUGUUUCAUUGGAUGCUUCCCUUGCAACAUCUGCAGCUGAUGCAUUCCAUGUGAUGAUGAGUGACUCAGAAGUCUGCCUAAAUAAAAAGUUUCAUGCAAGAAUAAAGCUGUUAUAUAAGCAGCGUUUUUUCUCAAUACUUAUGCCAAUUUUUCUCUCUAAAAUUAAGGAGACCCCUGCGAUGACAACAAAAUUGGUAUUAUAUCGAGCAUUUGGGCAUAUUAUUUCCAAUGCUCCGGUAUCAGCAGUUAUAACAGAAGCCCAUCAGAUUUUGCUCGUAAUAGUUGAUAUCUUAGCUAAAUUGAGUGUGGAUAUUCAGGAUAAAGAUCUAGUGUAUAGUUUGUUGCUUGUCUUAUCUGGAAUGUUGAUGGAUGACAAAGGCAAAGAAUGUGUUCUGGAAAAUAUCCACAUUAUUGUCGGUGUUCUUACACAACUUGUUUCCUAUCCUCACAUGAUGGUUGUUCGGGAGACAGCCUUGCAAUGUUUUGUUGCCAUGUCUAGCUUUCCCCAUUCAAAAGUCUAUCGCAUGCGGCCACAGGUCCUACGAGCAGCAAUCAAGGCACUUGAUGAUAAGAAAAGGGCCGUCCGCCAAGAGGCUGUUCGAUGUCGACAAACAUGGCAAUCAUCAUUUGCUUAGGGGAGCCUUCUCUUGCAACGACAUCGUAGUCUGGGAACUCACUGGACAUAUCAUGUUGGUGGCUGUGCCAGAGAGUAAAGUGAUAGGACUGUGGCUUAUUCUGUCUUUGAUAUCCUUUCGGAUUUUAUGUCAAGUUCUGGAUGGAGCGGAUUUUUCAAGAUGAAAUCCAAGGAACCACUGAAGAGUCGCGAAUGUCUGGGCAUUGAGAAUCGAUGGAACUAUAUUGCUAGCUAUGUACCUAUCAUUUGAAGUCUCCGUUCGUGAGCAAAAUGUGAUUUGGCUCAUCAAGGAUACGUUUAGUUGCUGACCAAACCGUUGAUGGGAUAGGGCCAUCUCCAUUAUGCACGUUUUUGGUUGUAGAUCAUUUGGAUGGAACCAGCCAAAAGGUAGGAAUGUAUCUCAAAGAUACCUGACCAACCCAUCCCUGAAAUUAAUAGUACUGAAUGGUC